UCCUUCUCUCUUUCUCUUUUAUUUUUUCCCCUUCCCUUUUCUCUUUUUUUUUUUCCCAAUUUUUUCCUUUUGAUUUCUCACUUUCUCCCCUUUUUUUCCCCUCGUUUUCCUUUUCCAUCCCGACUUUCCCAUUUGCUCAGCCUCCUCUCUCAUUUCUUACUCCUUUCUCUUUUUACUCUCCUUUCCCCCUUCCCCCCAUUUCUCUCCCUCCCCUCUUUCUUCCCCAGCUCCGUCCGUGCCUUUUCUCUCUCCCCUUUUCUUCCUCUCUCUCCCCCUUCCCCUUCCCCUCCCGCUCUGCCCCGUGCCUGGCCGGGAAGGAGACGAACCAGGCGGUGCCGGGGGGGCUCCCUCCCAUCCCUACCUGCCCCCAGACCCCCCCCGAUCCCCCGGGUCCCCAUCCCUCGUGGUGCCGGGGGUGCCGCCGCGGGGCCUGACGCUGCCGCUCUGCCCGCAGGGAGCGAGGUGUCCCAGGAGAGCCUGCUCCUGCACGGGCCCUUUGCCCGCAAACCCAAGCGCAUCCGCACCGCCUUCUCGCCGUCCCAGCUCCUGCGGCUGGAGAGGGCCUUCGAGAAGAACCACUACGUGGUGGGCGCCGAGCGCAAGCAGCUGGCCAGCAGCCUCAGCCUCUCCGAGACCCAGGUGAAAGUGUGGUUCCAGAACCGGCGGACGAAAUACAAACGGCAGAAGCUGGAGGAGGAAGGGCCGGACUCGGACCAGAAGAAGAAAGGCUCCCACCACAUCAACCGAUGGCGCCUCGCCACCAAGCAGUCGAGCGGAGAAGACAUCGACGUCACCUCCAACGACUAAGGCAGGGACAGGCUCCUGGUGCAGCCACCAUGGAGAGGAACCCGGGGGACGAAGGGGGGACACGCGCGGCGGCACCACCACGCGAACUCUAGGGACGCCACCGCCCAAGCCACCGCCGCCGGUCCUCCGGGGCCCCGCCGGGGGCCCGCACCCCGUUCCCCCCCGCCGCCCGGUCCCGCGGUGCCCGGGGCAUCCCUCGGGGGUGCUUUUUUUGGGAAGCCCCCGCCCGAGCCGAGGAGGAGGAAGAGGAGGCUGCCAGGGCCCCGCGCCCCGGGACGCGACCGCGCAUCCUCCUCCGUGCUGGAAGCCGCCCGUCAGCCAUGAGAUCAAAUCAAAACGUCCUACCUAGAAGCUCAAUGUGCCCAGCCCUGGUUUUUGUUUGUUUUUCCUUUUCCCCCCCCCCCUUUUUUUUUUUGCCUCCCUCUCCCCCUUCCUCCUUCCUCCGUCGUCGUUUUUGUUUGUUUUAUUUUUUUUUCCGUUCCGUUUCGUUUUUACACGGUUUCGUUUUAAUUUAUUCUUUUAUUUUCGUGCCCGUGUGCGUGCAUUCACCGUCGUAGGUAGCCAGCAGCUGUAGCGUGUGUGUUACUGCGUGGAAAUAAAAAGCAAAAUGCGCUCCAA